CAUCAAAUGAUGCAGAGAAGAUUUGUAUUUUUUUGGUAAAUUCCUCAUCGAUGACAACAAAAGCGACAUUUGAGAGUUCCUGAAUGCUACAAAGUCAGAGACUUUCAGAACAUCCAGCAGAAUUUUAUCUCAUGAAAUGAUUAUUUCACACAAUGUCUGACCCAGCAUCUGGAGAUCACAGCUCGCCCCUGCCUGUACCUAAGGGUAGCUACUCAUUUAAUUUUGAUGACUUUGAUGAAAGUUCAAAUCCUUUUCAAUCCAAAACCAAUCUUGGACAGUCUCCUCCUGUCGAUGACCCAUUUAAGCCUCGUAAAAAGAUCCCAAACACACCACCCCAAUUGGAUGGAUUUGGUGGUUAUGAUGAGGAAAUUAAUCCCUUUAAGCCCAAGUCUAAGAUCGCUCAUUCACCUCCACGAUCUCCUGCAUUUGAGAACAAUAAUGAUGUGAAGAUAUCAGAUGACAUGCUACUGAACGUGGAGAAAGCUAGCCUUGAUGCUAAUGUGUCCAACGGUUCCCUGGAGGAUGAGUGGUGUGAUGCUGAAGAAGGCAGUGUGGAACAGGAAGAUAGUUCCGAGAUGUUGGAUGUGAUUCCAAAAAGUGUAUCCAUUGAUCCCCUCAGCACUUCGGGAGAGUUUGUGAGUGCCUGUGAUGACCCACUGAAUCUGCUAGCUCACACCGAGGAAGGGCUUGGAAGCCCUGGCGAGGAUGAUUUACCUGCUGGGGGUGAAUCAGUUUGUGCUCCAAACACAUCAGGUCAAGAUGUUCCUGAAUUGGAGCAAGAGGCUGUUGAAGGAGCUGCAGAUGUAGGCUCAGAUCCACCUGCUGGAGAUGUGAUGUUGCCACAUGAGGAAGUGGUUGAUGCAAGAGAAGUACCAGAAGAUUCAGUCAAUCCCGAAGAACCACCGCAGCCAAGAGCCAGUGUUGAGCAAUCUGAUACAGAUGCCCAAUCUCAGUCUCUUGCAAAUCCUGUAGAAUCUGUUCCUGCAUCCUGUUCUCAGACACCUGUCAGCUCUGAUGACCUGGAAGCUGGUCCCCCAUCUCAGAUGCAGUCGUUUCCUGGAGAUACAGAAGAUGCAGUGUCAGAUCAGGCACCUGUUGAGCAAAGUUCAGAAAUAUCUGUGGUGAAUGACCUUGAACAGGAGGAAGAGGCGGGACUUGCAGACAGUGAAGGAGUUGAAGAAAAGACAGAGAAGAAGAAAAAAGUGAAGAAGAAGGAGAAGGCAAAGAAAGUGGAUGAAGUAAAGGCUGAGGCUAAGGGGCAGCAGGAUGUAUGUGCAGAGAAGGAGAGAAGCCAAGCAGAAGUGAAGGAAACGGAUGAGUCGACUGCCUCCACUGUGUCGACAGAGGCACCUCCCGUGGAUAGCUCCACUGCCUCACAGGAGUCCUCAUCCCCAUCGGCAUCACCUAAAAAAAAGCAAGGGGUGAAGAAGAGCUUGAAAAAGCCGAAAUCAAGACUGAAGCCGCCUCAGAACUUUGGUGUUCAGAACACAGGAGAGGACAUUCAGAUCUUUGCUCCAGAGGAGAAAGCAGCUGACCCUACUGAACCAGUGACUGAUUCACAAGCUGAUCCACUGCCAACCAAUCAGCUGCCUGUUGUGGAGGAUCUGAAGUCACAUGACAAAGAAGCAGCCAAUCAGAUGGCUGAUAGCCUGGAGAUGGUCCAUGACUUUGGUGCAGGAGAAGAUGGGGAGAUGCCAGAGCGUGACAAUGAAGGAUUUGUUCCUGCAUCUGAUGUGUUUAGUGACAAGGCAACCUGGGAAAUGCUGGAUAAGUUUGGUGGAGAUGCAUGUAAAGAGUCGGAUCUGGCCCGCGAGUCUCUGUUUGUCAAGUUUGAUCCUCAAGAGCAAGGAGCUGCUGAGCCAGAGCAAGAGAAGAGUCGGGGGCCAGGAGGUGCGGAGGAGGAGUCAGCUACGGGGAAUGAGGAUGAUCUUAUGUCCUUGAAUACACCCCCUGCAUCAGGGAAGACUGGCAACAGACAAGUGAAGAAACACCCUGCCGCCCGUGUGUUGGCAGAUCAGUUGGACGGAGCGUCAGGGGAGACGACUCACAUCAACAAUGUAGACAACAUCCUCAAGUGUAGUCCAGGGAAGAGCGAUAGCGGGUUAGCGGACAUGAACCAGUCCAUGGGGGACUCCACCAAGGAGGCGGUGGUCCAGCUGGUGCAGGGCAAAACUGAGAGUGUACAGGUGCUGAAGUACUCGCAGACAGACUGGAACAAGAUGAAGCAGGACCUGGAGCUGAAUUUCCAGGCACAGCUGCUACAGAAGGAGAAGGAGUGGAGCAAGAAGCUUGCCGCCGUGAGAAGAAGAUGGGCUACGUUGAGGAGAACAACCGUGGGCUCAAGCAGACCAGUGAGGAGAUGAAAGCAAUUGUGUCUGAAUUCGAGAAGACAAUUUCUCAGCUGCAAGCGGAGAAGGAAAAGACGUGUAACGCGUCUCAGCAAUCGCUGCAGGACAUUGUUCGGGAAAAGGAGCAGGUGCUUGAUGACCUUCACUCCGUGGAAACG